ACAAAAAUUUGAACUUCAAGAGUUGGAGCGACAAAAUCGAAAUUUAAGCAAGCAGGUUAAUGAUGCCAAAAUUGCUUUUCAAAACAAAAUUGCUCAAGUCAGUAUAUUAAAUAUAAAUUUAUACAGUUAUCAAUAUCAAUCCAAUAACGGUAAAUCAAAAAUAUAUUUUCCAUUCAAGCUUAUACGUUGUCCGCAAGGAACACAAAUUGAUAUUCAGAGUGGACAGGAUGGGUUUCUUACAUUUUAUCCAAAUAAACCAACAAUACUUAAUGAUGUUGACAUCCUACAAUGUAUUGGAAUGGAUAAAAUUUCUCACGAUGAUAUGCAGAAUGAGCUGAGAAAAUAUGUCAGAGUUAAGUGUCAUGUUAUUAAUCCAGCGUCAUCGUUGACAAGCACGAGCACGCUUCGUAAGCUUGGAUUUAAUGAAGAACAAAUACCGGCUCUUGUUACAAUACAAAAAAGUGGGCCACAUACAAAUGAAAAAGUCGUUAUUGGUGAGAUGGUACGAAAUAUAGCCAAUGGAGAAGAUAUAGCUCUAGAGAUAACUUAUUCAGCAAAAAAAAAAAAGACGUUUCUGCGUUCUCCUGUCUUUCACGACUCCGAGCCUCAGAUGAAGUGA